AUGGUGAGAAUCAGUGUUCUCAAUGACGCUCUUAAGAGUAUGUACAAUGCAGAGAAAAGGGGAAAGAGGCAGGUUAUGAUCAGGCCUUCUUCUAAAGUUAUCAUCAAGUUCCUAAUUGUCAUGCAAAAGCACGGUUACAUUGGCGAGUUUGAGUAUGUUGAUGACCACAGGUCUGGUAAGAUUGUUGUUGAGCUAAAUGGAAGGUUGAACAAGUGUGGAGUUAUCAGUCCUCGUUUUGAUGUUGGUGUUAAGGAGAUCGAGAGUUGGACUGCUCGUCUACUUCCUUCCCGACAGUUUGGUUACAUCGUUCUGACUACCUCAGCGGGAAUCAUGGAUCACGAAGAAGCCAGGAGAAAGAAUGUUGGUGGCAAAGUUCUUGGGUUCUUUUACUGA